UAGAAUUGUUUUAAAUGCCAGGAAGCAUCUGCCAUCCAUGCGAUAAAUACCUUGGUUCCUUGAUAUUCAUUGGUGCAAGCUCAGGGGUAGCAUUGCUAAUUUUUCUGUAUUUCUCCUACAAAUUCAUACGUUUAUACGGAAUUACUUAUAACUGAAUGGUCAUGUUUUUCUUGACUCUUAACCUGUCCAUUAUUUUUCGUAUCGUGCAGGUGUUCCACCAGUUCAAUAUCUCUAAGAAAGAAUGAAGUUACUUACCACCACAUGUAUGAAGGGGAGGAGUUAUCACUUAUCUGCCUCUUCUGCUGAUGAUUUCUUCCUUCAUGUUCAGUUACUAUAACUGGGUGUACCAAAUUCGGUCAAUAAAUGAUUAUUUCAGCCUUAUCAACCCCAUCAAAAAGAGACUGACUGAUGCAUCUUUAGUAAUAGUUCAGAGUAUUAUUGUUGGAAUUUUAGUCUGGGUAAUAGUCACUUCUUGUGCACUAAAAGAUGAUAUCAAAGAUGUAUUCGGAAUUUUUGUCUAUGUUGUUUCAGUAAUCUAUGCCAUUGUUGCAACAGUUUAUAUUAUCAUUGGAAAAUAUUACUACAGCAAGCUCAAAUAUUUCUCACCACUUCAAGCAAAGUCAAUGAAGAAGAGGAUCCUUUUAAGCGUCUUGUUUAUUGCAUUACCCUUGUAUCUAAGAGCGAUCGAAAAUAUUGUGCGGAAGUUAGUGCUCGACCGGAACAAUUUCAGUUUCAUCAAUGGUUCGAUUAAAAACAAUGAUUUUGGCUACCCUGCUUUCAGUAUAGCAUGUUAUUUUAUCUGCGAACUUUUGCCAAUUUGUACUAUGAUGAUAGGGACCAAGGUAGUUAUUAACCACUAUUAUCAAAAUAAAAAUGAUCAUUAUGGUGCUACUUCGGACAACAAGCUCAGCUUUAAUUUACUUAGUGAUGAUCGAGAAAUCUCCAGUAUAAAAGAGAGCUCAAGAAUUGAAAACACAGCUUUAUCCAACUCUAAGGGCCCAGAGAGCACUGUGGGAUUCAUGAAGUAUGUUGAUGAACUAUCUGGGAAUGAACUAACCCCAUCUUUCAGGGAUAGUUUUGAUAAUUCUUCUUAA